AUGGUUGGCGCCAGCGGCCUGGUGGUGCUGAGCGGAAGUUUGGUGUCCUCCGCGGUGCCGGGGGACGUGGUGGUGCUGGGCCCGGGACUCAAAGGCGGCGUGCUGCGCUUCCGGUGGCCGGCGGGGGGCGGCCGCCGGCUCUGCGUGCGGCUGGUGGUGGAGGCCAACGACCUGAGGCCGCUGAACCAGGCGCGGGUGGCGCGGAUGGCUCCCAAGCCCACGGCGAAUUUCCUGGCCGCCAGCGGCACCGACCGCUUCUCCUGGCGCCGCGCUCUGAUCCGCGCUGUGGCGCCCCAUUUGCAGGGCUUGGAGGUGCCGAAGUUGGCGGUGCUGCUGGUUUUGCUGGGCGAGAAAGAGGACGACACCUGCACCGAGCGCAGGUGGUCGCACUUCGACACUUUCAAGGAGUCCGGCGCCAGAACGCGCCUUGGAGUCGAUGGCAACGGUUCCAUCGGAGACCCAGGCACCGGCAAGACACAGCUCUUGCAGGCCUUGCUGGGCGCGACAGGCUUCGCCUGUUGGCACCUGAAAUGCCAGGACUCUGAGAGUUUUCCCAGAUCACGGGCUCGGCGCAGAGUAUUCCCAGCUAGGCUGGCGGAGGGGAACGAACGUCUGCAGGACGAGUCUUUACUUUCCUUCGACGUGGAGGCAGACGGGGAGACCGUGACGGUCGAGGCGAUGCUUCCGCAAGAGAGGGACUUGGAUUUGAUCAGCCGCCUGCUCGCCGAGAGCUUCAUGGAAACCUUGCAGCCUUGGAUGCUGCCGGAGCAGCUGGGGCUGCUCGCGAAGGCGUGGAAUUGGCUGGUCUUCGAGUGGGAGCGCCAGAUCAUCCUGGCUGCUCUCAACGUGAACUACAAGAAGAUCUUGACGGCGCCGUCUCUGCGAAGGCCCAUCGGGUGGCAGUUUGAGGGCGAAUCGCUGGCACUGCUGCUGGUGGCCCGAAGAGGGAACGGCGAUCAGGAGGCCGUGGCCUUCUGCGAGCUCUCCGUUUUGCCCCCCGACGGGCGGCCGCCAGAUGACAUGCUGUCGACCCUGUUGAUGGUCUUUAACAAGUCGCCGAACGCCCAGCCGUACCUUCAGAACUUCUGCGUGGCGCCGGCCUGGCGCCGCAGGAGUCUGGGCCGGAAGCUGCUGGGCCUGGCGGAGCAGGUGGUGCGCGAGGUUUGGCGCAGCGACCGGCUCUAUUUGCAUGCCGGCGGAGGGAAGGCCGCGGAGGUCUUGUACCGCCUGGCCGGCUACGAGGCCACGGGCCUCGCCGUGGAGCCCACCUCGCUCCACAUGUCCAAAUCCCUGGAGAAGGAGCUCGAGCUGCAAGACGCCUGA